CUAUAAUCCUCCUCCUCCAGGCGUAGGUGAACUCACUGAAAUGUUUCUUUAAGCCUUCUCGUCAGAGAGACAAAACAGAGGCAAAGAUUACAGAGAGAGAGAGAGAGAGAUGGUUGUACUUCUUCAGCUUCCAAGAUUUCACGCAUCGGUAUUUCUCACCAAACCGGCAUCUCUCUGCAAAACCCAUUUCAAUCUUCUUCUAAAACCCAAAUUACCCAUUACAAUCAAAUCCACUCUCUCAACCGCCUCCGGUCCUACGGAAAAUAUCGAUAUCCCGGAGGAAGACACCCACGUCCAACUUUCGCUUGAGAAGCUCUUUGUCCCUCCGGAAACCGACGUUCCUUCCGCUGGUGCUACUUCCAGUCUGACUGCGAGAAUCUUGAAGGGCUCGAAUAUUGUGCUGGCUAAGUACGCGAGGGACGCUCAGAUUGCGCAAGCCGAGUUUGUCAAAAGCAGUGUCAAAACCGAGGAUUGCCCCUCCGAUGGCCUCCCUGAGUUUGCGCUUGUAGGCCGCUCCAAUGUUGGCAAGUCCUCGCUGCUCAACUCGCUUGUUCGCCGCAAGCGCCUCGCCCUUACGUCCAAGAAACCUGGGAAGACUCAAUGCAUCAACCAUUUUAGGAUCAAUGAUAGCUGGUACCUGGUGGAUUUGCCUGGAUACGGGUAUGCAGCUGCGCCACAGGAACUUCGCAUAGACUGGGAGAAGUUCACUAAAGACUAUUUUCUGAAUCGACCAACGCUAGUUUCUGUUUUCCUUCUCAUAGAUGCUAGCAUUCCUGCCAGAAAAAUUGAUCUUGAGUAUGCUAGUUGGCUAGGUGUGAAUCAGAUUCCCAUGACAUUGAUCUUCACCAAAUGCGACAAGCGGAAGAAGAGAAAGAAUGGAGGGAAAAGACCAGAAGAAAAUGUGAAUGAUUUUCAGGAGUUGAUACAAGGCUUCUUCCAGACAACACCACCAUGGAUUAUGACUAGCAGUGUUACCAAUCAGGGUCGUGAUGAGAUACUACUGCAUAUGGCUCAGUUACGGAAUUACUGGCUCAAGCACUAACAAGUACAUGCCCUUCCUGUCCCAAUUAGCGGCGUGUGUUCUUGACAAAGAAAAUAGUAUAGUGCUUCAUCCUGCCGUACAAGGUUGUUCAUUGCUGAUUUCUACCAUUAUGAAGCCGUGAGGCAGCAGUAAGGCCCUAAGCUAAUCUACAGAUGGACAAAGAGGAUAUUCAGAAGGGUGGAACUCGAUAUUGUACAAUAGGAGCCUGCAUGUUGUACAAUGUUACAAUUCAAUUCUAUGGAAUCUUCUUUUUUUUUUUUUUUUUUUUUUUUCAUUUUCUAUUUUUGGUAACUCAGUAGGUACCAACAUUAAGAAACGCAGAAACUUUUUGUUCAUGUUGAGUGAAAAUAUGGCUCUUGGUUGUAGUGUUUAUAACAUCAUAUAGUAAGUGAAUCUACUGAAACCUUCACUUAUUUUAUUUAGUCAAAGAAAAAGGUUGAAUGCCUGAAUUCUUGCAGUUGAAUUGCUUCCUGCUUGGGCCAGAAGCUUCAAGGAACAAUAAGGAACCCACAUCCAAAAAUAAUCUCACUUCGGUAUUCACAAUUUUGAAAAAGAAUACAAAAAAAUCAUACAUCCAAAUUCUAACCACCACCAAUGAAGCUCCAACCAAUUCACCUCAAAUUGUUUAGCUCCAACUAAUUCAUAUCACAUAA